CUUGACUUCCCCUUUGCCAGCCAGCCACUUGUUCCAAUAAUCAGGCAUCAAGAGUCAUGGAGAUUCCGGUUCUCGACUACCAGGAUUUCGCCAAGGGGUCCCAGGCCCAGCGAGACACUUUCUGCCAGCGUCUCUUUGCGUCGUUAUCCUCUGUGGGGUUCGUUAAGAUCCGGAACCAUACGAUUCCAGAAGAGGUGGUGGAGGAAGUGUUUUCGUGGAGCCAGAAGUUCUUCGCCAUGCCACUUGAACAGAAAGCCAACGCCGCCCAUCCGGCACAAGCAAAUCCACAUAGAGGCUGGAGCCGCGUAGGACAGGAGAAGCUCUCCGUCAUCACGCAGGGGAAAGCCAUAUUCGAUCUCAAAGAAUCCUUCGACCAGGGCCCUCAAUCAGACACCCUCUACCCGAACAUCUGGAAUCAAGAAUCCGACCUCCCUGGGUUCCGCGCCUUCAUGGAAACCUUCUACGAUCGGUGCCAUGAACUCCACCUACAGCUGCUCGCAGCCAUUGCAAGCUCCAUGUCUCUCCCCGACCAGUUCUUCGUCGACCGCUGCAGCCAGAACAGCAGCGAGCUUCGACUGAACCAUUACCCGGCCGCGAAAUGCAGCGACCUGCGUGAUGGCGCCGUGAUGCGCAUUUCCAGCCACACGGAUUUCGGCACCAUCACCCUGCUGUUCCAGGAUUCUACCGGCGGGUUGGAGAUCGAGGAUCAGCAUUGCCCAGGCGCUUAUAUACCGGUUGUGCCGCCGGCUUCCCUAGACAGGAGCCCGGCGGAGAUGAUUGUCAAUGUCGGGGACUGUUUACAACGGUGGACCAAUGAUCAUUUGCGGUCGGCAAAUCACCGGGUUACAUUGCCUGUUGGGUUGAAGAGGAACGGCGAACCUAGGGAAGAUAUCGUGGUUCAGGACAGGUACUCCGUGGCGUAUUUUGGGAAGCCAAAUCGCGAUGUCCUGGUUGGCAGUAUCCCGGCUUUAUUGAAGGACGACGAGGAGGUAAGGUAUCAGGAGGACAUUACCGCGUGGCAGUACAACCAGUCUCGAUUGUUGCAGACUUAUUAG